UCCCUCUCCCCCCGCCGCAGGUACAUCGUCUUCGAGGGCGAGGAGGGGCAGGACGCCGGGGGGCUGCUGCGCGAGUGGUACAUGAUCAUCUCCAGGGAGAUGUUCAACCCCAUGUACGCGCUGUUCCGCACCUCGCCGGGCGACCGGGUCACCUACACCAUCAACCCCUCGUCCCACUGCAACCCCAACCACCUCAGCUACUUCAAGUUUGUGGGGCGCAUCGUAGCCAAAGCCGUUUACGACAACCGGCUGCUCGAGUGCUAUUUCACCCGUUCCUUCUACAAACACAUCCUGGGCAAGUCUGUCCGGUACACGGACAUGGAGAGCGAGGACUACCACUUCUACCAGGGCCUGGUCUACCUGCUGGAGAACGACGUCUCCACGCUGGGCUACGACCUCACCUUCAGCACCGAGGUGUGCAGCAAGGGGGG